GCAGUUAACGGCUGCAUUCGUCAGCAUCCUUGAAGAGGAACACAACCACACGAAUCGCUCAGCAGGAAUUUCUCCAAUUCUACCGCUGUCGCUAUGCCUCGAGCGUUCUUGAUCAAAGCAAAGAAGGAGAAAAAAAAAGAGGAUGGGGCACCUUCUCCUCAAGUCCAAGUAAACAGACAAUUUUCCAACGGAAUUUCUGAUCCCCUCAGUAACGAUAGGAUCUUGUGCACUUCCGAAGAUCAGAUUUCACCGCCUACUCGCUCUAAAGAGUCGCCUGUCCGUCUCCUUGUCAAGAGAAAACAUUCACACGUCACAACCGGAGAGGAUCGGGAAACAGUUUCUGCCUCGCGCCUGACUCAAACGGGGGUUUUCGAGACUAACAGAAAUGGCAUCUCGGAAUCUCCACGAGCGGAUAACGCAAUUGUACCCAGAAAAACGCGGAAAAGAAACCCAAAGAAAACGGUAGUUUAUUACUACAAAGCUAAGCAAGAAGUGGAAGACGGGAAUGGCGGAAAGCGUGUGGCAGUUUGCCACGACCCAUGUUUAGCCAAAGACGUUCCGCUUGAAGGCAAAUCUACUUCAACGCAUCAAAGGAACAUAAAUAAUUAUGUGGCGGCAAACUCCAAGCGAGUGACAUCUCAGGGGAACCCCAAUUGUGGUUAUCAUUUCAAACCGCCCAUGCAUUCAAAGAGCUGUCAAGAAAAGUCUGCACGAUUUGAAUAUGAAAAGGCUGGCCAUCAAGAAAGCGCCAAGCAAUUUAAUCAUGCGGAACCACGCACCGGAAAGUUCUCGCGCGAAAGACGCGAAGUCGCGCCAACUGCGGGCAACGUUGGCUUAGACAAUGUCAAGAUCGUGGAAGUUCAUUCUAUCGGCCAAAAAAUGGACAUUGUUUAUCCAAAUAAAAGUGGCCCAGUUCCAGCUGCUCCAGUGCAUCAUCGAAACGAGGAAUAUCGCUGCAAUGUGUCUUCUGCUAAUAAUGUUCCAGCUUCUGAUCCACCAGCACAUUUCAUUCAAAGGAAAGAACCCACACCAGCACAAACUUCUGCACCUUCUGCCACACCAGUUGUACAUUACCUUCCAGUGUAUGCUAUUCCAAGUUCCCAAGGAGUGCAGUAUCAGGCUGUUCCUGGGGCUGCUAUUCUUGAAAAGGUUCCAGGCGUAAACAAUUUGUAUUCCCCAGUGGGAAAGAAUGGAGAGGCCAAAUCACAUCCAGCAUAUCCACAACCAGCCCCUUCAGCGACCCAACCACAACCACCACCACUGUCACAAGCACCUUCAGUUGUACCCCCACAACCACAAGUACAAGGAGCCCCAACACAUACCCAGCAUCACUUGCCUCAGCCACAACCUCAGGGUCCUGUUAUCUACCAACCAAGAAUGAUGUCAAAUCCUAGUGCUGCUCACCCUCUGCAACCUACAAUGGUACAGCCUGGUUACCAGCCACAGUUGACCAAUCCCCCCAUGACUGCUGUACCAUAUCCUCCACCUGAUGCAAGAGUCAUCCCUGCACAAACCUACCCACCACAAACAGUAGCACAGGCCAUGCCAUCUCCACCAUAUGUUGUCACAAAGUCAGAACCAGUUUCGCCACAACAAUUGUCACCUCCCAGUCAUUCAGUGGCUACCUCUCAGUCAUAUCCUGUUCCUGUGCAAACAGUAGCUCCUCAUCAACCUCAGCACUACCCAUCACAAACUCAUACCGCUCCAGGACAGCCGCUCUACCCUCCACAAGAACAGAAGUUUACACGACCACCCAUGUACCCACCUCAAUAUCAAGCGGCACCAAAUCAGACCCCCUACCCUGUUCAUGCUGUUGCACCUGAGGCACUUCCUUAUCCACCAGCCACACAGCAGGUGGCUGUCAGUCAGCCCACACCACCACCACAGGCACCUGCAGGACCAGUUCUUUCCACUGGACAUCCAUAUCCAGCAGAGAGACCAACUCAGCCAUACUACCCACCUCAAAGUGCAGCACAGUACCCACCUGAUAAGCCAUCUUCAAUGGCAAUUCAUUACUAUCCAGUUAAUAAACCACCAAAUGAGCAAUCAGUUGUGCAGCAGUAUCCAGAUCAGAAAGCAGUACAUUUGCCAUCACCUCCAUAUCCUGUCGAGAAUGUAAGCCAACCUCCUACUCCACAGUACACCCCAGAUGGAAAAGAGCAGCAAAAGUUUGUUUAUGCACCCCCACCUCCAGACUUCAUGCGCAGUCCAGUGUACAGAGUUCCAGUAACUGAAGCACCUCAGAUGAUCCAGCAAAGUCCACACUCGUCUCAGCCUCCGAGCCAGCACUCAAGAGAAACUCUGAGCCAGCCUCCCAGCCAGCCACCAAAAGGAGCUAAAAGAAGGAAGACUGCAAUGCCUCAUCGUGAAGUCAGGGACAGUUUGUUGCCAUCCGAGAGCUACCCACAGCACAGUUCAAGCCCUGGCACAGACCUCCAGUGUAAUGAGAGAAUGUCAAAGUCUCCUGGUCACAACCCUGCCUUGAACAAAUCCAGCUGUGUGAUCACUCCUCCUGGUUCACCCCAUGAAGAAGAAGAUGGUUCGUACACUGUUGUUAUGAGAGAUUAUGGUAUCCAGACUGGGCCACCAACUGAACAGGGCACAUGGACUGUCAAGGUAGAGUCUGCUGCUCCACGUGUGUACAUUACUGAGAAAGAAGCUCUAGCACAUUCUUAUAGUGAAAGCCUUUCAGAAGAAGAGGAUGAAUUUGAGGAGGAGGAAGAGGGAGACUACAAUGAACUUGACGAUGCAGAUGAAACCUACAGCCCAACUCAAAAAGAAAACUGCUCUCCAGGUGGUUUGCCAGAGGAUGGUGAGAGUGAAAACCACCUAUCAAGAAAAGGAAGGAGAAGGCAUGCAAAAUACACCUGCAAAUUCUGCCACAAAGGAUUCCAGUGGUACUCUCACUUGACUUCUCAUGAGCGCACCCACACUGGUGAAAAACCAUUCAAGUGUCCUGAAUGUAACAGAGCAUUUACACGCGCCGAUGGACUGCAAUGUCACAUGCUUGUACACAACAAAAAGAGGCCCUUUAAGUGUGAUUACUGCAAUAAAGGAUUCAAUGACAAUACAAGCUUGGAAAAACACACCUACAGUCAUACUGGUGUGAAGCCUUUCAAAUGUGAAUAUUGUGGACGGGCCUUCAGUGACUCUCAGUCAAUUGAGAAACAUUUAUUGGUUCAUACUGGCACAAAGCCUUAUAAAUGCCAGUUUUGUGUGCGAUCAUUUAAUGACUCUCAAAUGUUGGUCAGGCACAUUCGUAGCCACACAGGUGAAAAACCUUUCAAGUGUCAACACUGCCAAAUGGCAUUCAGCAAACAGAGUGCCCUUGUCAUUCACACAAGAGUCCAUACUGGAGAAAAGCCAUACCAAUGCCCUCAUUGUUCAAAGUGCUUCUCAAUCUCUGGCAACUUGCAGCGUCACAUUCUCAUCCACACAGGAGAGAGACCUUACCAGUGUUCUAAAUGUCCCAAGGCUUUCAACAACCCUAGCCACUUGUCGCGGCAUAUUAGCAAACUUCAUGCGCCACAACCCAAACUCGAGGGAGUUGUGGAUAACCGACCAGGCUUCAGUGCCCAAGCAAACAACACAAAUAAACCUGUCCUUGCAUAAGUUGUUCUAUUGAUGAACCCUAUGGCAUUUAAAUUUUUGCAAGAAUUUGCAUAUAAAUAUUUUCUAGAACUGUAUUUUGUACUUAACAACAUUUAGAUGAUUUCCUGUGAGCUUUUCAAACUUCUUUCUGCGCUUAAAUAUCUUGCUAUGCAAGACCAAAGUAAGUGCAAUCACUAACCAAAAAGGUAUAAUUUAUACCAGGUUUCACCAAUAUAAUUGUGUUGUAUUUAGAUCAAUAGUUGUUUAGUCUUAGACUCAAAAAAGGCCAAUGCAUCAAAAGUGAACAAUUUAUAAGGAAUCUGUACAAUGUAGAAACUACAUUUCAUGGUCCAUUUCUUGAGAAAAUUUUUUUAUUAGUUUCAAACAGGAAGACCAUUCAGGUGUAAAUAUAUUCCUUACAUGACUAAAAGGGACAAUCGUGACACGGGAAAAUAUUUUUAUCAAUACCUAAGUUAUUAAAGUAUUAUAUUGUUUUAUACCAAGAAAAAUAUUUAUUUUGACUAGAUUUUCUAGAGGUAUGAAACAACUGUUGAGGUUAAGUCACUCAGCCAUAUUUUUGUAACAUGUGAUACGUAUUUAAGCAAAAGACCAAACAUUAUCUUUGUAAAUAAAGAGUUUGAUAGUGAA